AUGGUUCGUAAAAAGAUAGAUAAUCGCAUACGAGUUUUGAUAGAAAAUGGCGUUAUUACCGGCCAUAGGACAAUGUUUGUUAUUGUUGGUGAAAAAGCUAGAGAUCAAGUGGUAUUGUUGCAUCACAUGUUAUCUAAGACAGUUGUAAAGGCUAGGCCAUCCGUAUUAUGGUGCUACAAGAAGGACCUUGGCUUUAGCAGUCACAGGAAGAAACGUAUGAAGUCUCUGGAAAAGAAGAUCAAAUUAGGUAAACUGGAUAUCGAUCAGGACGACCCAUUCCAGUUGUUUGUUGUCUCGACAAACAUUCGCUAUUGUUAUUACAACGAGACUCACAAGAUAUUAGGUAAUACAUAUGGAAUGUGUGUGUUACAAGAUUUUGAAGCAAUCACGCCAAACUUAUUGGCGCGUACUGUCGAGACGAUAGAAGGUGGUGGACUCAUUGUAUUUCUUCUACAAUCCGUGAACUCGCUGAAGCAAUUAUACACAAUGAACAUGGAUGUACAUCAGCGAUUCCGAACGGAAGCUCAUAAAGAUAUAACGUGUCGAUUCAAUGAAAGGUUUUUGCUGUCUUUGGCUACGUGCUCUCGGUGUUUGGUCGUCGACGAUCAACUGAACGUGUUGCCAAUAUCCUCUCAGAAUUUAAAGAUAGAGCCCAUACAUAAAUCGUCUGUAGCGGAAGAACAGUCGAAUUUGGAUGUUUUAAAGGAAAGUCUACGAGAUACCCAACCCGUAUCAGCACUAAUUAACUGUUGCAAAACGAUUGACCAGGCAAAGGCGGUUCUCAAGUUUAUCGAGUGCAUCUCCGAGAAAACGUUGAGAUCUACCGCGGUAUUGACAGCCGCGAGAGGACGCGGAAAAUCUGCCGCAUUGGGACUCGCCAUUGCUGGGGCCGUUGCUUUCGGAUAUUCCAAUAUAUACAUAUCAAGUCCCAGCCCAGAGAACUUAAAUACUCUCUUCGAAUUUGUCUUCAAAGGAUUUGAUGCUCUGGAGUAUCAGGAACAUCUCGAUUAUGGCUUAGUGCAAUCCACAAAUCCGGAAUUCAACAAAGCUACCGUACGCGUGAAUGUGUUUCGUGAUCAUCGUCAGACUAUCCAGUACAUACAUCCAACAGACACGCACAAGUUAACUCAGGCAGAAUUGCUUGUAAUCGACGAAGCAGCGGCGAUUCCUUUGCCCUACGUCAAGGCGAUGUUUGGGCCUUACCUGAUAUUCCUCGCAUCAACUAUAAAUGGAUACGAAGGUACAGGUCGGUCUUUGUCGCUGAAAUUGACGCAGGAGCUGAGGGCGCAAGCGACCGGAUCAAACAGUCAUCAGAAAAGUGAGAAGGAGCAAAAUGAGAAGAUUCUUAUCGGAAGGCAAUUGCAUGAGCUCGCUCUCGACGAGUCGAUACGUUAUAAGCCUGGCGACUAUGUAGAGCAAUGGCUGUGCGAUUUACUUUGCUUGAACGCUACAACGCACACAACCAUAUUUUCCGGAUGCCCGCCCCCCGACACGUGUCAGUUGUAUUACAUAAACAGGGACACGUUGUUUUCUUAUCACAAAGCUUCCGAGCUGUUCUUACAACGGCUGGUCUCCCUGUACGUUGCAUCGCAUUACAAAAACAGCCCUAAUGAUUUGCAAAUGAUGUCCGAUGCACCUGCGCAUCAUUUGUUCUGUCUGUUGGGUCCUGUAGAUUCCAAUAAAAAUACUUUACCUGAGAUAUUAGUCGUUCUUCAGAUUUGCUUAGAAGGAGAAAUUAGUAAGACCAGCAUAAACGAGGGUCUUAGGCGAGGCCGUAGAGCAGCUGGAGAUCUAAUACCGUGGACGAUCGCGCAACAAUAUCAAGAUGAAGAUUUUCCAGAAUUGUCUGGCGCGCGCGUCGUUCGCAUUGCCACGCAUCCCGAUUAUUAUGCGAUGGGUUACGGCAGUCGCGCGUUGCAACUGUUGAAGCAAUACUACGAAAUGAAAAUACCUAAUAUCAACGAAGUCGUUGCGCAAGAGCCAGUGACCGAGAUUAAGAACGUUUCCGCUGAAGCAGUUGAUCUGUUACAAGAAACUAUCGAACCUCGAAGUUCGCUGCCACCGCUCUUGUUGAAAUUAAGCGAGAGGCAACCGGAACACCUGGAUUACAUCGGAGUAUCGUUCGGAGUUACCGAGCAAUUGUUGAAAUUUUGGAAAAGAGCCAACUUCGUACCGGUAUAUCUAAGACAAACGGCGAAUGACAUAACGGGGGAGCAUUCCUGUAUAAUGCUCUACAAAAUCAAUGCAGAACAGGAAAGUGAAAAAUGGUUGCAAGCUUAUUGGAGCGACUUCCGCCGACGAUUCUCUAAUUUACUGUCUUAUUCAUUUAACACGUAUCCAACAUCUCUCGCAUUGAGCAUUUUAAUGAACAAAACGAUAUCUUCGGAAUCUGUCACAUUGAGCAAGGAAAUGCUGAACGUUUACUUCACGUCGUACGAUCUGAAACGCCUGCAAAUGUACAGCAACAACAUGGCGGAUUAUCACUUGAUUAUGGAUCUGUUACCAUCGUUAGCACGCGUGUACUUCCUCAAUAUGAUGAGGGAUAUUCAUUUCUCGGUAGCGCAAUCGGCGAUUUUGCUUGGCUUGGGCCUGCAACAUAAAACCGUGGACAAAUUGGCGGAGGAGCUAGAUUUACCGGCUUCGCAGUUACUCGGUUUAUUCAAUCGCAUCAUACGCAAAUCGAUCCAGUACUUUAAUAACGUCGCGGAGAAGUACGUCGAGAGUACUAUGUUGUCCAAAAAAUCGGACGGUGAAAUGAAACUGGCUCCCUUAAGUGGGCAAAGCUUGCACGAGGAAUUGGAGAGCGCAGCUAAGGAAUUAAAACUGAAACAAAAAGCAGAAUUAGAGAAACUAAAGAAGGAAAAUUUGGAGCAAUAUGCUAUUAAGGGAUCGGAAACGGAAUGGACGAGUGCGUUGUCUGGCAAGCACAGUAAAAAUUUAAUCUCGGUAAAAACGGGCGAAAAAAGACCGACGGAAGACGAUGCUGCACCAGAAAUUCAGAAUCAGAAGCAACAUACCAAGAAGAAAAAAAAGAAACAUAAUUGAACUUUAGGGAGAUAUGAUAAUUACAUAACUUAUGUAAAAUGAUUGGAUACAAUAAAUAAUCGAUUGAGAGGUUUAUAAAUAAAUAAA